GAUCAUCUUGCGUCUGGUGAUGGCAGUGAAAAGCUAUUUGAAUGCCUGGUAUUGAUCGAUAGAAGUAAGUCCUCGCCACGAAGUUAUCAGCAAGUCACGUUUUCAGGUGAUUGACUGAGUAAGAGAAGAUGAACUCGUUGACUUUGGUCAUCCCUACACUCCUUUUAGUUUGCUUUUGUUCUUUAGUCUCGGCUGGAAGCAAAGGAUUUCUGUUCGAGAAUGGUGACUACACAUACAAGAUUGUGCUACCCAGCGAUGACAGCCGAACGUGGUACGAAGCCGAGGAAAUAUGCAGAGAGCAUGAAGGCGGACAUUUGGCGAGCAUUUCCAAUGAGGCGGAAAACCAAUAUUUGAAUGAAAAAAUUCAACUUCUGAGUAGUUCCCCCAGGGAACCAGAACAGCUCUGGCUUGGUGGAAUAGAUAAAGAUGGACGUGCUUACAAAUGGGUAGAUGGACAAACUUUCCAAUAUGACGCAGCGUUCUGGGCACCUGGCGAAGCCAACACGGAACUCUUUAAUGAAUAUGAAAUCUGUAUUGCAAUGAAGUCCACUGGUGACUUGGGAGAUUGGAGGGAAGAUGACUGCUAUGAUCCGAAAGGUUACAUCUGCAAAAUUGAAGGUAUCCCUAGGAGACUCUUGGAUAAAAGAUUUGGUUAUGAAUUCGAUCAGGGGACUUUCAUAUACAAGUUCUUUUUCAUUCAGUACGAGAUGCUUACGUGGCCAGAAGCGGAAAUAUACUGUCGUGACGUAGAGGGAGGCCACUUGGCCAGUAUUCGUACGUUAAAAGAGAACAAAUACAUCGAGAUGAAACUGCGCCUCCUCAGAUACUACUAUGGCUACUCCAAAUGGUGGAUAGGAGCUUCAGACGUAAAUAAAGAAGGACAGUUCAAUUGGACUGAUGGCAAAUCCUUAGCGAUUCAACGCUGGGUUCCAGGGGAACCUUCAGGGCGCCAUAGGGGCAGGGAAGAAGACUGUGCUGUAAUUACUACUGAUCCGCAUUGGGGAAAAUGGAGGGAUGAAUACUGCUUACAUCAUCUGCCUUUCAUUUGCAAGAUCAGAGUCUGUAGUCAGCGAGCUGACAUUGCUUUUAUGGUUGAUGCGUCUAAGAGUGUGAAGUUAAGUGGCUUCAGAAGAUCCAAAGAGUUCAUAAAGGCAGUAUUACAACGAUUCAAAGUGUCGCAGACUAACGUUCACGUGGGUUUGAUUCUCUUCUCCACCCGGGCCAAGAUAAUUUUCAACUUCGAAGAGCACUAUACAAAGAAUGACCUUAACGCAGCCAUCGACGCCAUGGAAUGGACCAAAGGAUCAACCUACACCGACCGGGCCUUGAAGCUGGCAAGAGAACAACUGUUUGUUGAAAAAGAAAAUGGGGGUACCGCCCGUGCAGACAUUCCAAAGUUCUUAGUGGUGAUGACAGAUGGUAUUUCACGAAAUCCAACAAUAACAGCCAAGGAAGCCGCCGAGUUGAAAAAAAGGGGUGUCCAUAUUGUGGUGGUAGGAGUCGGUUUCAUGCGGAAAAGAAGCGAGCUUCUUAGCAUUGCGAGUUCUCGCAGGGCUGUCAUAACCGCCCGGUCAUUCAAGACUUUGAAAACGAUCGUGGCUGUUACGAAAGAGAAAGUCUGUGGAGCGCUAUAAAAGGUUUACAUUCAAGUAGAAAACAAGACAUGGAAGGAACACGCCAGAGCAUGUCGCAGCAUAAAUAAAACUGAACUACUGAUAGUCUACGGAAUUUAGAAGGAAAACUCUCCGCCCCCACUAAGGAUAUCGAUUGUCCGAUAAUUUUCAACGGUUAACUCAUACGACGGUUACACGACAUAUAGCGAGUAACGAUUCAGAAAAAAAAAAUCAUGUAUUCUAAGAGCCUGGACUUUAUAGGAAGGAUCCUGAGGGCAAAUGAACUCGUAGAUAGCACUAAUGCGAAAACAAUAUGAAAUGUGUAGGUUCUUAUGGCGUGGCCACGACCUGGUAGAUUGAAAAUCAAGCUUCUACUAACUGUACGACUGUUCAAAUGAGCUGCUAUAUCAGUUCGCUGACAGGACAUACUUUCCCAAAUUACUUUUUGUGAAAAAAGUCGAUAUUAUUUGAGUGUGGUUCGCAUAACGUAGCUACCUAAUGCGGACCCCCUUAUUCAUUCAAAAUAGAGUUUGAUAAAAAACUGCGCAAGUUAAGCGGUUCAGUGUAAAAAUGCAAGUUUGGACCUAGAGUCAAAUAGUGUAAUAUAAAUAAACGGGAAAUUGUGAAUAUGUUUGAGAAGAGACUUGGAGAAACAGUGAUUGCAAAGUUCAAUGUUAGAGCUUUAUCAAAAUACAUAAAAAUAUUUUGACAAAUGUUUCGUCAAAAUAUUUUUUACCAACAGUUUAUCAAUUUUUCAGAAUAUUUCAGGAGUUUUCGUUAUACUAUGAUAACGUUCUAACGUUGAGCUUUGCAACCAAUUACGAAUACGAGAAAGAGAAAAUUAUAGAGAAAACAGAUCUCCGUGUUUUUAGAAACAGGAAUAAAGGAGAAUUUAAAAAAAAUAGAAAUAAAGAAAAAAAAUUAUAUACAGAA